AUGCCAGAGCCACUCUGCCGUGCGAGGCGCACCGAGCCCACGCCGCCAGCACCGCCUGCGGGAGCCGUGGCUCCAAACCAGGAAAUGGCAUGGCCGGCAGCGAACCCGGAAGCAGCGCUGCUGCGGGAAAACCCGGAAGCGGCAGCGGCUACGGAGCGGCGGCCAGGGGCAGCGGCGCCAGGCACGGCCGCAGAGCACGGGCCAGCAACGGUGCCGAGCGCGGCCGGGGAGCACGAAACAGGAGCAGUUUUGGCAGCGACUGCGCCGAACGCGGCUCGGGUGCAAGAGACAAUCGCGGCGCCGAGCGCGGCUGUAGCCCCAGAGAUGGCAGCAGCAGCUUCAGUACCGGUUUGGUCAGGAUUGGCCAAGACGGCCUCCUGUAAAGAAGCUGCUGUUCAAACUGCAGCACAGCCAACUGUCUGUACUGUCUGUUCUGCCUCUAGCGAACUUAGCCAAAGUGCCCCUCUCCGUCCAUUUCUGUUUGCUCCCAGCACCUCAGAGUUGCCUUUGCCUGAUGACUCAUCGUCGGGCAGUGAGGCAGAUGAGGUUCUGGCCCCAGGUCGUUAG